GACACCCACCGAGCGAGUCGAUCAGCUGUUCCGCGGUACCGACAUCAUUGUCGUUUCGGACGCAGGUAGUCCCAAUGCUACUCUAUCAAGAAGACAUUUCGGACAUCCUCAUUUCGAGUAUUUCUUGGUGCGAACGUGAGUGAAAGAAAAAGGAACAAUGUUGUCGUACAUGCUGCCGACGGAGGACAAGCCACCGCCCGGCGAACCCAGCAGUCAACAGAACAAUUAUCGCACGGCCAGCAAGCUGCAGAAGAGCACCACUGUGGUGAGCACAUCUCCCAGACAAUGCGCGGACACGACUAGAGCGAUGAUAGUCUCCACCAAGAUCGAGGAUCCGGCCGGCGGCGAUCCUGUCGCUCGGCACGGUUUCCCUCGACUGGUCGAGAGCCCGAAGCACAAUGGGACGACUACCGCGAGGAAAUCGACCCUCCACAACGCCAGCAGAGUUACUAAGGACGAUAGCCUCUACAGCAUCGACAGCGUAGCCAGUACCGUCGGCAGCGAACGCAAGAAUAAGAUUCUCAACGGCGCGAAGCACGCCAGCCUGAAGAGGGUAUCCUUCGGCUCGAGUAAAGGAUCGAUGGUGGAAACACUCGUUUAUGAGACCCCAGUGCAAGAGGAACCUGAGAUCAAUCACUUUCUGGACCACAACGGCCGCCUACCUCCUCCUAUGAUACCUGUGCCUGAUACUGACGAAGGUAGAGAAAAAGUACGCGUCUCAUUGUUAGGUCCGCAACCAUCGCCAGCAACGCCAGGUGUUCUUUUGCUGGAACCGAUCACGCAUUCGACAGGACUCCCAAUAAACAUGGCCAACAAUCCCGCGGAACUUUUGACCACGCACACUGAGCACACCACGCCUGCCUACCACACGCAAAUUAGUACGGACAGCGGCUGGGACAAUCCGUUCAGACCGGAUGGCGAUCUCUCCCGGGAAGCCGAUGAGAUCGUCGAGUUAAUAAAGGGUGGAAAACCGAUCACGCCUACCCCGGGUCAAAACGCGCCACCAUUACCGGGAUGCGAUGGCAAAUCUGGCGACUCGAGUACCAGCCCGCUUCUUAAGUCCGCGAAUUGUCACGCUAACUCGUCACCGAGGCCCGGUCAGGAGAAUGGUAGUGCACGAGGUGGUACUCCUUCGAAAGCUGCCGGCAACCAACCUGUUAACGAAAAGGUUGGCGCGUCUCGGACCGCAACGGUGGAAGUUGCGAGGAUGACGGCGCAGGGCCCGGGCGACGCGUCACAGGUCGAACACGUCACCCUGAAGAAGAAGCCUAAGUGCAAGUGCUGCGUACUGCAGUAAUGAUGGUGCGACGGAGCCAGCGGGGACGCGCACGAGAGACGAUCCUCCUCCAUUAUCGGGAGCGUAACUUCAGCUUCGUGGCUAUUGAGGAAAUCACGACUGGGCAACUCGGGGUAUCGAGGACGCAUCGAUGAAGAAGCGACUCGAAGAGGCUGCCGGAACAGGAAAGCGCCGGCAUUUCAAACACGCUCGAGAACAAGUCCAGAAGAUAAUUUCUCAGAGGGAGAAAAAAAUUUCAUCUUUAAAGAAAGUGAAGAAAGUGAAGCGAAAUAUUGGAAACGAAGAAAAUGUGAUUGGAUAUGCGAGAACGUCAGAUUGUUUAAAAUCUGAAGAAAAUUAAACAAACAGUAAGUCAAACAAGAUGUCAAAGAAGCUUCUUGUACCUUUUAAUCAUGAAGAAAUGGGAAACAAGAGCAAGUUUAACCGGAAUGUGAAGAAAAUGAGGAAGAGACUAUCGAUGAUUGUAUGUUGAGGAGAUUGGAAUCUCUGUUAAAAUGCUCUGGAAUAUGAAGUUAACCCUUGCCGUGGAAGAUUGGACUCUCGCCAGGCUAUCUCUAGCUUUCAAGCACGGAAAAGAGGGAUCCACGUGGAGGAUGAGAAGGAACGUCAGUGCGCGAACAUUGAACCGCUUUUCGAGAGACAAUGAUAUUUCAAUGAUGUCACGAGAGACCAGAGUUAGGAAAGAAACGGAAAAAGAAAGAGAAAGAAAAAGAAAUAUAUAUAUAUAUAUAUUAUACAUACAAAACUAUAUUGUAGAUACAGAAUGGUAGCUGUAUAGCUUAUAUGCUUUUACUAUCGUGGUUAAUAAUCAUCAAAGUUAUCGUGAUUUAAAAAAUGCAUCGUACGCGUAGAGCGAGAACGGAAAAGAAAGAAUGUGCGAGAGAAAGCGGCGUGAAUGUAAACAA